ACAACCGCCCCCUAUAAAUGACAGUUCUCUAUAUCAGUGCUAUUACCUCCCCACAGUCCUUUCUGAGUUGUCGUUAGAAAUCCUGAACUUUCAGCCGGUCUCCCCUGCUAAAUGCCAACUUGGUACAGUCCACACAGAUUUGGGAGCAGAGAUUUGCAGAUGCACUGAUAUUCCUGGAGGCUGCACCGUGCACAGACUGGGGAGCACUGAGCCACAGAGGUACAGCUGGAUUCUGCAUGCUCUGGCUUGUAGUUGGAAGUUCAGAUGUUGCAGAACUGCAACUCCCAAAUCCACCCCACCACGAUAACAGCAAAGUUGAGAGCAUUGCUUUACAGCUGCUGUAAGGCUAUGGUGGGUCCAGCACAGACAUCCUGCUGAAGGGACUUGCAUUCCUGAACUGCCACACUACCCAUUAGGAGCAAGAGGCGGUGCGGAGAAUAUGAGUUCUCCAGAUAAACAACUGAAAACCCAGAAUUAUCAUGAGCUGAAGAAAGAGUGCAUUAAAAAUGGAAAACUAUUUGAAGAUCCAGAAUUUCCAGCAUCUGACGAAUCACUGUUCUACAGCAAAGCCCCCGACUUAAGAAUAGAGUGGAAACGGCCAAAAGAGCUUUGUGAAGAUCCUCAUCUGUUUGUAGAUGGAAUUAGCUCCCAUGACCUACACCAGGGCAGGCUGGGGAACUGCUGGUUUGUGGCUGCCUGCUCCUGCCUGGCUCUCAAAAAGGCACUUUGGACUAAGGUUAUUUCAAAUUGGAAGAAACAAGAAUGGGAUCCGAAAAGACCACACAGAUAUGCUGGAAUCUUCCACUUCAAGUUUUGGUGCUUGGGGGACUGGGUAGAUGUUGUCAUUGAUGAUCGCUUGCCAAGCGUUGAUGGGAAUUUAGUCUACUGCCAUUCCAAUGUGAAGAAUGAGUUUUGGAGUGCACUGCUGGAGAAAGCAUAUGCCAAGUUGGCUGGGUCCUACGAGGCUCUUGAUGGAGGGAACACAGCAGACGCAAUUGUGGAUUUCACAGGAGCUGUAACAGAAAGUUUUGAGUUAGAUAAAGGCGACUAUCGGACAAGCCUGAUGGAGCAAACAAAGCUGUUUCAGGAGCUGUUAAAAGUGUAUAGAGCCGGAGGUUUAAUCAGCUGCUAUAUCAAGCCUGUUUCCAGCAAUGAUAUGGAGGCAGUGACUUCUUAUGGACUUGUGAAAGGCCACGCGUACUCUGUGACUGCGAUCAAGAAGAUGCCCGUGGGGCAGAGGAUCUUGUGCUUUGGCAACUCUAACAAGCUGUUUAUGAUUAGAAUGAGGAAUCCCUGGGGGAAGAGGGAAUGGAAAGGAGCAUGGAGCGAUGAAUCUGAAGAGUGGAACAAGGUGAGCAGAUCAGAAAAGGCAACUCUUGGUCUGACUGUUGCAGAUGAUGGUGAAUUCUGGAUGACUUUUGAGGACUGGUGUUUGAGCUUCACCCAUGCUGAUGUGUGUCGGAUUCUGAACACCUCGUAUCUAAGCUGUUACAAAACAUGGAAACAAGAAGAGGUUCAUGGAGCAUGGAGCAAAAAUACAGAUCCUCUGUUAAAUCGCUCUGGGGGCUGUUUCAACGAGACAACUUUCUUUCAGAAUCCCCAGUAUAUAUUUGAAGUGAGGAAGAAAGAAGAUGAAGUGCUGAUUUCUUUGCAGCAGAAAGACCAACGAAUUCACAAGAAAGAUGGCAAAGGAAACAAUUUUAUCAUUGGUUUUGAAAUCUUCAAGGUAGAAUUGAACCGGGAAUAUCGUAUUCACAUGAUCUCUGGACAGGAGAAGACUUUAAGAUCUUCCUAUAUAAACCUGAGAGCCAUAUUUCUCAGAAAAGUACUGACACAUGGAAGAUACGUCAUUAUUCCCACCACCUUUCACCCGGGUAUCAGCAGCAGCUUCAUUCUCCGCCUCUUUACAGAUGAGUCUUCCAGAUUCAGGGAGUUAUUGCUGGACAAACCCAAGGUUAGCUGCUGGAGCCUGCUGUGUGGGUACCCUCAGAGAGUCACGCAAGUGCUGGUUCGACAUGUGGAAGGAGUUGAGAGACAGGGCCAAAUGCAAGAACCAAAUUUGUACAUAAUGAUCAAAGGUGAGAAGCAGACCAUUCGUUCCUUGGUCUACAAGAAAACCAGCACUGCCAAAUUUGAUAUUCAAGCAAUAUUCUUCCGUAAGAACAUCAGUGAACCAAUCUGUAUUCAGGUCUGGGACAGCAGGAUCAUAUGUGACCAGUUCUUGGGCCAAGUGCUCCUGGCUGGCUCACCCACUGACUCUAAAGAAGAGCGGAGGCUCCAGCUGCACGGAAGGGAUAGCCAUGGCGAGGAGAGAAUGCCAGGGCACAUAACCAUCAAAGUUGUUUCUUCCGAUGACCUGGUUGAACUGUGAACGUACAAGAGCACUACAGAUACAGACAGGCCUCCGAGCGAUCUUGGAUUUCAGCAGCACUGACGUGCACAGGCUGCAUUCACAUAGACUAGAGACUUCUGUCUGCAGGAAGAUUUUAUACAAACCCCAUACAGUUCAUUUUUUUGCAUUUUAUUCAGCAAGGAGGUACAGUAAUGCUUUCUAGAAACACUAUUUGUUAGCAAAGGUGUACUGAUACUCUACAACAAUGUACAUUUAUAUAUACUCAUAACCCACUAAAAAAAUCUAUAUUUACUCAUCCUGACCCUUGAUCACUCAAGGACAUGCCUUUUGAUAGGAGAGGACACCAGAGUUUUGCAUGUGACUAUAUUUAAGGGACUGCCAAUUAGCUUGACCUCUCCACCGUUAUCAAUUCUUAAUGAGCCAGGCUAUUAAUAUGAUUACUCUCUGGCAGUUAUUACCAUGUGUAAGUAGGUUAUCUUCUAUCAAUGAUCCUUUUUCACACUUUGCACAUCCAGCUCAGAGAAGAUGACAUGCCCUGGGGUAAUAUAAAAGCAUUAUUGGAACUUAAUGUGACAUAUACUGGUUUUGCUGGUGCAGGUGACUGGAGAAGUCCAAAUGGGGUAUAAAUAAAUCAACAGCCUUCAAGUGGUGACGCUAUAGAGAAAGCAGCUUUGCUACUCUGCAUACAACUGGUCUCAGUUCUUUUACUUGAUGUAUUUUUUAUAAGCUCUGUCAUUAAAGGGGACAAAUGUCAAUGUAUUUCCAACA